CGGUAGUAUGUUUACAGUGCAUUCUUCGGGAAUCUCUCUAGUGUACGGAAACUACAUUGACCCUGACAUUCGUGUCAGUCCCUAGCGACAAGAUUACAUAUUACACAUCUCUGUGGUGACUAUAAUCGUCCACAAAUAAAUUAAAGAUGAAAUUUCAUAAAGCAAUAGUUUACAAACAAUGCAAGGUGAAAGCAUUGUAAAUGCUGCGUUUGCGAGACAUUUUUGGAGCCAUCGUGGAAGGCGUCUUGGAUGCCAGAAGUGUUGUACGAUACGUACAUAUGUAUGUAGAUGGAACGGGUCAAUCGUAUGAGAAUUUAGACAGAUUUUAGCAAGAAGAGUGGCAACGUAGCGCUGAAUAAUGAUUCAGUGCUCGAUAGGAAAAUAAUGGUUCGCGGUUAUGUGCUCAUCCUCGUACGAACAGCGUUCGGGCACAGCCCGAGAGAGAAGUGUGUGUCAUCCAGUCAUCCACCACGAUGCUUGACAUGGCUUGGCACGCGUGGUCAAGAUGGUGAUUGGUGAUGGUGGUGGUAAUGGUGGCACGGUAGUCGGGCCUUCUCUCUUUCGUGUCACCGUCUCUCGCUUCAGUGUUCCUCUCUAAUUCCUCGCUGGCUCUUGGGAUCGGAGGGUGUUCUCUCGUCAUUGAUGAUGCCGAGUCAGUGAUGGGAGCUGACCGUCAUUGUGUUGGUGCUUACGCAUCGUCUUUGUGUGGUGAGAUCUCUGUGGACGGUCGGUGUAUCUGUGGGAUCGCUGCUGCGCCGUCCAAAAAUAGAUAAAUGAACGAGCAGCAGCGUGCCAUCCUUGUUGUCGGUGGUUCCACGCACUCCGUAACAAUGCACGAUUAUUAAAAGGUUCGUGGCCGACCGCGGACAGGAAUGGAGGAGCUCAAAACCAGUCAGGAGAUAGUGCACGAAGGGUGGCUCAUUAAAUCGCCACCUACGAAACUUUGGCGAGCGCGAUGGAGGAAAAGGUGGUUUGCCCUACGACAUAGUGGAGAGCUGCCGGGUCAAUAUUUCCUGGAGUACUUUACGGACAAAAGGUGCAGGAAACUAAAAGGUCGUAUCGACCUUGAUCAAUGCGAACAGGUGGACGCAGGACUGAGGUUUGAGAAUAGAAAGCAAAAGUACCAAUAUAUGUUCAAUGUUAAGACACCAAAAAGAACGUAUUACUUAGUGGCAGAAAGCGAAGCUGACAUGAACAAGUGGGUAGAUGCGGUGUGUCAAGUAUGUGGUUUGAAAGCGUACACACAGGAUGAAGAGCAGCAAUGUCAAAUGUUCCAAUUCGAAACUCAAGAAUCCCCACCUAUUUCACCUACUAGCACCAUCUCUGGUCCUUACAUUCCCAUCAGCGAGUGCAUUUCUGGUCGUCGUCUAAACGACACUAGUUCUCUCAGUUCGGCUCUCGGUCAAGGGCCAGAACAUUACGAUGCUCCAAGACGUCUUGCCCCUUCCCCUCCUAGAUCUCCUACAACGACCGACGCGGAGAGUGUGUUCACCGACGAUGAAUGGACUGCUCCGGUGCCUAGCGUUAACUGGGAAACAUUUCCUUCCUCGGGUGAGUCGAAGCAACUGCAAGGCUCGAGCGACGCCGAGAUUGGAUCCUGGAGUGUCCGGAAGCGCUUUGGCAAGCUAAGAAUCGUCGACUCCGCUGUGCCUCCCGCUGUAGAGAAGUUACCAGCACCUCCCAGACCACCGAAACCUCCGCACAUGUUACCUGAAAAUCCUGGUCAUAACUAUUUAAAUCUGGACGGUGCUACGGAAAGUUCGAAACCAACAACACCGGCUACUCCCGCGCCAUCGACACCCGCGACCGCGAUAGUCACCGACGAAUCCUACGAUUUCCCAAGAUCUCACCAACCUGGACAAGCACCCGAUCCAGCCGCGAUCGAUCAGUCAUCGAAACAUUUUUAUUCGAACGCCGCACCCAGCAGCGUCGAAGAGACCCGCGUGUUUCGUUACGACUUUCAGGAAGAGGAACCGUCGAGUCCCCGCUCGGAGAGUUCUGCAACGGCUACCUACUCCAAUUUACCAAGUCCUCUUGUCCGUGAGAAUUCUGCGCCGUCGGCCGCGGCCCCGGCGCCACCGGUCGUUUACCGAGAACUGAAGCCGGGUAGGAAAACUAGCGAUUCUACGUCAAUUAUUAGCAACGAGCCUUCUCCAGGCCCAACUGUACCGGCUCUGGAAACGAGUUCCGCCGAACAUUCGCCCGCUGAACCGCCGAGUAUUAACAGAAAGCUCAAACCACCUUUAAAUAGGUCACCUGUGGAAGGACCCUUGCAACUGGCUUCUCCGCCUGGAAGGGGAAGAAUUCGAGCAGCACCUAGUCCAACGCCGCCGAGUCAUGUACACUCAAACCGACAUCAGUCAACAUCGGACGAAGAUAAUAAUGCUUUCGAUGAUAAGGAGGAGAUAUAUUACUAUCAGGAUCAGAAUACGUUCAUUCCUGCGAAUCGACGCCUCGUCGUUCUACAAUAUUUGGACCUUGAUCUGGAGGCGACGGAGAACUUCACGUCCUCAAGUCUACCGCCGACACAGUCUCCACCAAACACAACAGUGUACAAAACAGUGGAUUUCUUGAAAACUGAAGCAUUUAAUCGUACUCGUCAGCGUGUUGAGGAGGAGAGGAAACAGUGUACGGACGAGCUUGCUUAACGCGUGCUUUCGUCUUUGUUAAAUGUUUGAACGCGAUAAAAUAGGAGGGGAAUAGGUCGUAAAGUAUUUUACAUAGUGCCUAGUACUGUUACUAUUUGACUGGCACUCUCGGCGACCUUGAGAAGACUGCGACGCUUACGCAGUACUUAGCGACUAUCUUCAGACGCUUUUUUAAAUUUUUAUGUUUGUUACGAAAUCGAAGAUGCUUUCGGAUCUUCGUUGUCGCUGAUAUACGACUAGUUGGAAACCGAAGAGAUAGCAAUAUUCAAUGGACCAAAAAUGUAACGUUUAUAAUUAAGGGAACAUGACGGAGGGACAAGUGAAAACGCUUUUCGCGGGAGUCGUUCCAUCAGAAUUUGUUGAAGAAUUUUUAAUUAGAGGCGUAAGUAUUAUUAAAUUUAGAUACGAUCACUGUUUUAUAUAGGUUUUACGAUACGACUCGAUACGAGAAAGAGGCAUUUUUAUUGUCGACCAUGCAACGAAGUAAGCAUGUAUGGUGUCGCUAAAAUUUUCUAGAUACCCUAAGUUUAAGUAUUGAACAAAUAAUAUGUAAUAUAUUUUCAAUGUGCCUGAAUUUAUUGUUUUUUCGAGGGGAUGAGUUGUUUGUUAUCGCAUAUCAUGAACGAACAGUGGAAUAUCAUAUUUAUAGACGUAUGAAAAUUGCUGUACAUCUAUUUUUGAGAUGAUAAUGAUGAUGAUGAUAUAUGAUAUGAUAGCGCAGAUUUGGUUCUUUAUAGGUUUUAUUGAAAAUCGUUUAUAGAAUUUUUUAUACUUGGAAACCAUUUGGGUUGAAUAUUUUUAACGUUUCUUGUACUCCCUGUUGUUUAGUAACGUUCCGAAGCAUUUUCCUGCAAUGUGUAAUUUAUAUCUAUCUAUUUGAUUGUGUGUUCCCCGAUACUGGUUACUAACUCACGGUAACGAAAAUCCUGGCCAUAAAUUUUAAGGAAGACGAAAGUUACGCACAUUUUUUAACGGCUAUUGAAACACAACAUCGCAUGCCAUAGUUAGAUGUAGACACAUAUACGCACUAAAAGUACAUAGAAAUAUAUUUUAUGUAUUUAAAGAAUGUAUACGUAUACAACGACGUAUGUAUACAGUUUUAUUUUUAUAAUAGCUGCAUUGUAAUUUCUUUACCAAUGAAAUUGAUACAUUAUCGGAACUUUGUUCCACUUAUUGUUUCUAUAAGAUAAAAGGAAAAAUAUUCAUAAUAUUUUUUCAUUGCUGGGGUAUCAAGGUGUCCUGAAUUAGUAAUACAAUCAAAGACAAAGAGUGUGAAUCGAGUAGUUUCAGAACAGUAAUUUAUAAUUUUACAUAUGUAUGUGAUUUGGAAACGAAGUAUGUACAUUUACACGUUAAUACAUGUUACUUAUAGUAACGUACCACACGUUUGAGUCAUAUCAUUGAAAAUGAGAAAAAUGCGCAGAACAGUUCAUUUAACAUAUCUAUAUUUCGACAAAGAUUCGUAUAUUGAUCAAACUAAGUCUAAAUAAUUGUUUAAUUACUAGCGCGAUUUAAAUGUAGUACAUACAACGAUCGAAGGUUCGGUGAUAAUCGUUUGAGCGAUUAAAUAAACCUGUCCUUUCAUACAAAUAAUAUUUAAGUAUCGUAUACUA